CAACUUCAGUCUGAGCUGCCCGGGCAGAAUAGACGCCUGUCCGGAUGGAGGGCAAACCGUUCACCUGAUAUAUAUAUAUACAUAUAUAUGUAUAUAUGUAUAUAUAUAUAUAUAUAAGUACCCGUGGCUCGCGGCAUGAACGACAUUUGGGAACGCAGUUAUUUGCAUUUAUUACGGGAAAGGCGAUCAAGAUAAGAACAUUAUUAAAGAGAUGUGAUGAUGAUACCAUUAUGUUGCAUCAGUCAGCGUGAUUUGCUAUGCUGAUAUUACAAGCUAACCCCAAGCUAGCAGAGGGAUUGUUUUGGGAGAUACUUUUUUGAAAAACUCAUACGCUGACACAUGAAUUAAAGACCUUUUGUGAAUCUUCAUCAAGCUGGAACACAAAGGGGAAUGUCUAACCAAGGAGUUAGGAGAAAUGGCCCAGUAAAGCUGCGGUUGACAGUCCUGUGUGCAAAGAACCUGGCAAAGAAAGACUUCUUCCGGUUGCCAGAUCCCUUUGCCAAAGUGGUGGUGGACGGUUCAGGACAAUGCCACUCUACGGAUACUGUAAGAAAUACGCUGGACCCAAAGUGGAAUCAACAUUAUGAUCUAUACAUUGGAAAGGCAGACUCCAUCACAAUCAGUGUAUGGAACCACAAGAAGAUCCACAAAAAGCAGGGCGCAGGUUUCCUGGGCUGUGUCCGCCUCCUGUCCAAUGCCAUCAACAGACUCAAAGACACUGGCUAUCAGAGACUGGACCUGAAUAAGCUGGGCCCCAAUGACAAUGAUACUGUGAGAGGACAGAUAGUAGUAAGUCUUCAGUCCAGGGAUCGCAUUGGGACAGGAGGGCCGGUGGUGGACUGCAGUCGUCUGUUCGACAAUGACUUACCCGAUGGCUGGGAAGAGAGGAGGACAGCCUCUGGAAGGAUACAGUACCUGAAUCACAUUACACGUACCACGCAAUGGGAGAGGCCUACCAGACCAGCGUCAGAGUACUCCAGCCCAUCAGGGCGUCCACUGAGCUGCGUGGUGGAUGAGAACACACCAGUGAUGACACCCAUUAAUGGGGCUGAGGCCAGCGGCCCACCAGGUGAACCGCGGAUCCAGGAGAGACGGGUUCGGUCACAGCGGCAUCGUAACUACAUGAGUCGAACACACCUGCACACACCGCCUGACCUGCCUGAGGGUUAUGAGCAAAGAACAACUCAGCAGGGCCAGGUGUACUUCCUCCACACACAGACUGGAGUCAGCACCUGGCAUGACCCCCGUGUACCUAGGGACCUAAGCAAUGUGAACUGUGAGGAGCUUGGCCCACUGCCACCAGGCUGGGAGAUCAGAAACACAGCCACCGGCCGCGUCUACUUCGUCGACCACAACAAUCGAACAACACAGUUCACAGACCCGCGACUGUCUGCUAACCUGCAUCUAGUGCUCAACAGCCCAAGUCCAAAUGGUUCCCGUGUGGCCAUGGACAGCCAAAACACUAACCUCAGUCAUCCGACUCAGUUGAAGGACCAGGGUGGUCCCGGGGGCCCUCAGCAGACUCUGUCGCCAGCCCAGUUACCUGAAGAAGCAGAGUGCCUGACAGUACCUAAAUACAAGAGAGACCUGGUGCAGAAGCUGAAGAUCCUGCGGCAGGAACUGUCUCAGCAACAACCCCAGGCUGGCCACUGCCGCAUCGAGGUCUGCCGUGAGGAGAUAUUUGAGGAGUCGUACCGACAGGUGAUGAAGAUGCGUCCAAAGGAUCUCUGGAAAAGACUGAUGAUCAAAUUCAGAGGAGAGGAGGGUCUGGACUAUGGUGGGGUAGCAAGGGAAUGGUUGUACCUGCUGUCCCACGAGAUGCUGAACCCCUACUAUGGCCUGUUCCAGUACUCCAGAGAUGACAUCUACACUUUACAGAUUAAUCCUGACUCUGCUGUCAACCCGGAGCACCUGUCGUACUUCCACUUUGUGGGUCGUAUCAUGGGAAUGGCGGUGUUCCAUGGCCACUACAUUGACGGAGGUUUCACUCUGCCCUUCUACAAACAGCUGCUGGGAAAACCAAUCACGCUGGACGAUAUGGAGUCUGUCGACCCUGACCUCCACAAUAGCCUCGUCUGGAUUCUGGACAAUGACAUCACUGGCGUCCUGGACCACACUUUCUGUGUAGAGCACAAUGCCUACGGAGAAAUCAUCCAACAUGAACUGAAACCCAAUGGCAAGAGUAUUCCUGUCUCAGAGGAAACCAAGAAGGAGUAUGUUAGGUUGUAUGUGAACUGGCGUUUUCUGCAUGGCAUCGAGGCUCAAUUUCUGGCCCUGCAGAAAGGCUUCAAUGAGGUUAUCCCUGAGCACCUUCUCAAAGCCUUUGAUGAGAAGGAACUGGAGCUGAUAGUUUGUGGCCUGGGAAAGAUCGACAUCUCAGACUGGAAGUCCAACACCCGUCUGAAGCACUGCACCCCCGACAGCAACAUCGUCAAGUGGUUUUGGAAAGCCGUGGAGUCAUUUGACGAGGAGAGGAGGGCCCGACUACUGCAGUUUGUUACUGGCUCAUCGAGAGUCCCACUGCAAGGCUUCAAGGCUUUACAGGGUGCCGCAGGGCCCAGACUCUUCACCAUUCAUCAGAUCGAUGCCAACACCAACAAUCUGCCCAAAGCCCAUACCUGCUUCAAUCGGAUUGACAUUCCGCCCUACGAGAGCUACGACAAGCUGUACGACAAGCUGCUGACGGCGAUCGAGGAGACCUGUGGCUUCGCAGUGGAAUGACAGACACGUUGGAGAGUGUUUUUGUGCGUGAACAUCUGUAACUGUGUGCAGGACUCUGAUAGACUAUUCUUAUUGGUGCGACAUGCUGACAGGCUGGCUCAGAGACUGAUGUUUGCGUCUUUGACCUGCCUGCAGUCUUCCUCUUCUCUCACUGCUGUCCACAUUCUUCUCUUAUCGAUAUCUGUUGAACAGCUGCUAGAGAGUCAUCCCAUCCUUUUUAUGUUUUUUUUUGUUUGUUUGUUUGUUUUGGUGAAGUUCAUGUGAGAUACAGAGAGCAAAUUAAGAGCUGUUAAGAGCCGCGGGAACAAACAAUUCAGUUUUUUGUCAUUUUGAGUGGGCAGUUUUUCUUGUCGAUUCCCUUUGAAAAGCUGAAAAGACCUCCAAUGCCUGGUCUUUUCUCUUUAAUCUUAUCAAAUCAGGAAGCAGAUUAUCAACAUACAGUUCAAUCAACACACAUUUGAAUAUCAUGCAUAGAUAUUUCUUCUAAAGAAUCUUCUGGGGCAUUGGAGAACAGUGAGUCACUAUUUUGUUUUGCAAUUUGAACUGAUUGAACUGAACUUUGUCGUACUAACAUUGCAGGUAGUCAUAUCCUGCCCUAAAUAGCCACCUUAACCUCAACCAAUACACCUUCCAGUCCUCACGGCUGCAGAGUUCAUCUUGCAGGGGCGCCACAAAUUCCUGCUACCUCAGUGUAAUGCUCUGACGUUUGAAGGGUUUCAUUCCAAAAUGCUAUGAAUCAUCUUUUGUAAAAGUUGGUAGCUGAUUUAAUUCAUAUUCAGAAUACAACGUCUUUAGUUUUUACAGCAAUGUUCCAUAAUUAGUUCAAUUUUUAUACCAACAGUCACUUUGUACCUGUAAAACCAUAUAAUUGAAAUAGUUAAUAGAUCAUUUUGAAAUGGAACUCAUACACACUGACUUGGAUGUACAGUAGGUCUGAUGUUUUGUGGCAUUUUUGAUUUGAGUUUGUGGCAGUUGUUCAUAGAUUAGGGACGGACUCUGGUGAAGAAGAAAACAUAAACCUUACUUUUUCCCUGAAUCACUGCACACCGUGGCCACAGCUCUUGUAAACGUGUGUCUGUGUGUUUCUGCAUGUGUACACAAAUGUACAUUUGUAUGCAAGGAAGGUAGACAUGUAAACAAGUUCGCCUUCAACUCUACUAGCACAGUAUCCUGUAUAUGUUGCUGCAAAGCUGAUCGAACCUCACUGUUUGAGCCUGGUUCGUCUUCCUUUUCUCUUAUUCACACACUUGUCUCCAGUAGUUACAAGUAUGCAUGUUUUUUUUUUCAUUCUAUCCAACCCAGCGUAACUCAGCACACUUCCUGUCAGAUCAUAUGUGAAAAGGGCACAACCGUCCUCGGGACCAGGCUAGAUUUAAAAAGCCUUUCAAGGCAGAUGUCUAUUUUCAGUCACAUCAGUUUAGUAAGGCAGAAGUAUUUCUCUCUCUCUCUUGUCACUUUAGAGCACUUUACAACUGAGCAGUGAUGGCAGGAGUGCUUUCGUCAUGUUAGAUUAAAAUAUAUCAUGUUUCAUUUGCUAUACAGCUACAUUAGAAAUAUACAGAGUAAAAAGUAUCUAUACACCUGUAAUUUUGAGUAUAUAUGUACAAAUACAUAGCUAUUUUGUAUAUUGUUGCUUGUUCUUUCUGUUCAAUUUAAAUGCAAGCAUGUUGGUGUCUGUCACAGACCUCUUUGCAUUCUCAGGUGAUGUUCUUUGUUUUUUUUUUUUAAUUUUACAUUUAUUAGGCUAGUAUGUGAGGAGGGAUAAAACUGGUUUUAAUGGAAGCUAUAUUUCAGAGGCCCUACCUUUAAACCCAUAAUAGUGUAAAACUUGGCAGUUUAAAGUGAGAUUUUCUUUUGGUCAAUCACGUUGCUCUCGCACGCACACACACACACACACACACACACACACACACACACACACACACACACACACACACACACACACACACACACACACACACACACACACACACACACACACACCUUCAUAGGAGACUAAGACAGGCCAUAUUUGCUGCUCUAGACGUCUGUGUCACCAUUGAAUACCAAACAGCACAGACAACCAUAUUUCAUAUGCACAAGAGCAGUCUGUUUGCAACAUGAAUUUUUAAAAGCGAGGAAAUAGCCUGAAUGCUUUUGGCAGCCUCACAUCCUCAGAGCUGCAAGUGUUGGCGGCUGACUGCCAACUGCUGCUGAACUCCUGGGUGCUACACAGUGAAAAUGUUCAACCAAAAGGAAAAGUCACAGUGAGGAGCAGCUCCAUCACCAGAGCCUCCAUCCAAAAAAGAAAGAAAGAAAAAAAAAAAAAAACCUCUGCAUGAAUGGAUGCUUAAGAGGUCAAGCCUAUUUAUUUGCUUAAUUAUUACUCUUAGAAAACUUGUUGACUUGGAAAAAUCAGUUGAAUGUUCCUUUUUAUGUAUUCUGCCUGCAUUUAUUUGCAACAAUGAACGGUUUGUUAGCUGAUACUCAGAAAACUUGUUUUUGGUCAUCAUGAGACAAAACAGAGAAACAAAACUGGACAUUGAAAUUGAAAUUGUCCUCUUUGUACAGUUGCAGAGAAUUUAUUUGGUCUUACCUUUGAUAACCCAACUCAGAGGCAGAAAAGAAAUGCAUUACAAGUUUUUUGUUUUGUUUUGUUUUGUUUUGUUUUUUCUGCACACAUUAUGCAUACUUGGGCUCCAAGUUAUAAUCAGACACUUCCUUCUAUUUACCAAAUAGUUAAUGGACUGAUUGAUUUUUAUGUAGAUAACAUAUAUACACACACACACAGGUUCUUGAUAUGCACACACAUAUGUUUGUCCAGUGCACACAGUCCUCUUCUGUUUUUUGUUACUUUUUGUUGACACCAAGUUUUCUGGCUGGUUCAGUCUUCAGUGCAAAAGUUGUGGGGGUUGAGUACUUCCAGACAAGGGGAAUUCCACUUCUCCCCAGUUAAGCAGCCAAAUUGAUGAUACAAUUUUGCAGGUCGUUAACUUUAGCAAGCUUUGAUGGAAAGACAUUGUUGUCUACUCAGAUUGAUCUGAUUAAUCUACUUGAAUAAACCCAGAGACAAUUUGGUCAAAAUUAUGUAUUGUAAUGAUGGUUUCAUUUGGUACAAACUGCAACAACAAGCUCUCCCCACACUUUUCAACACAAAUUUACAUUUUAAUGUGCAAAUUUGUGUGUGUGUGUUUGUGUGUGUAAAUGUGUUUUGAUUGAAUUCAGUACAAAACAGAUUUUUUUUUUGUUUGUUUUUUUACUGCACCAUGUUUUAUUUCUUUUGAUUCUCUAUCUGUUUUUGUAUUUAUUAUUACAGUAUACGUGUUCAUAGUUUUUUCACAUCAGCUGCUCUGUGAGCUUGUAACUGACACCUGUACAUAAGGACAAUAAAGAAGCAAUGUAAUAAACUUCUUGUACCCUUGCAGAAAGCUGAGCAAUAAAACUAUGCUGUUUGGACCUCAC